AGGUGGUUAAAAAGCUCCUCGGUGGCAAGGCCAUGUUUACCACUAUGUUACAUCACCUUUUCUUUUAACAACAUUCAAUAAACAUUUGGGAACUGAGGACACUAAUUGUUGAAGCUUUGUAGGUGUAAUUCUUUCUCAUUCUUGCUUGAUGUACAGUUUCAGCUGUUCAACAGUCCAGGGUCUCCGUUGUCGUAUUUUACGCUUCAUAAUGCUCCACACAUUUUCAAUGGAAGACAGGUCUGGACUGCAGGCAGGCCAGUCUCGUACUCUUUUACUACGAAGCCACGCUGUUGUAACACGUGCAGAAUGUGGUUUAUUUUUUUUCCUUUUUUAUCUCCCCACUUUCCACUUCUUCCUCCCUCGACUUCUUUGUCUCUGUGUGAGAAAGAAAAUUGAAUCCUCUUAAAAGCGCCUUUGUGAUCAGUUUUCUAUUGUGGGCAAUGGCUCCCCUGUGACUAACAGCUGCGACAUCAAUAUACACACAGACAGACACAUACACACCAUUAUUGACACGCAAGCGUGUACAUUUAUGUAUGAUCUUGGUGCCAAUGGUGGGAAGUGACUGGCCUGGUUUCAGAACUCACUUUGUACUCAUCAAGACAAAAUGUUCAUGUACUAUGUAUGAUAAUGUAUUCUAUAUACACUUACUCGGCCCAAAAUGUAACACAAGCUAAUGAGACUCAAUAUAAGAGCCGUAUCAUAAACUCUGCAUUUACAGAGACCUCUCUGACUUUUCUAAACAAGAGGGCAUAUCAGGCCAAUAGAGCCUUGAGAUACGAGUGACUCGAUUUUUUUGCUUUGACUGACAAGCGUAUGCUUGCGAUACAUGGUGGCAAUGAACUUAACGCUUUUUACAGUAAGCAGCAGUUUGGCAAAUAGUGAACAUUUCAUCGGAAACAGGCUUCAAUCUGUUUUAUUUCCAAGCCAAGAUGAAGUUUAUCGUCAAACAAAGAGAUUACACAUUACACAUGCAACAGCAUGUACACAGACAAUAUAGCAGUACUCAGUCAUAUUUUUUUAUCCUCUGCGUAGAACUACUAAUAUUACGGCUGUCCUGAUGAGCUGCAAGAGGAGUUCAGACAACUCAAUGAAGCGUUAGUAUGAAUCCCAAUUAAGUUCGAGACAGGACACGCCCUGCUGCAAUAUGAUUGGCUACAACUCAAGUGGGAUCCAAAGUAAUGCCUUAAUGAGCAUUAUCUCUGUCUCUGUCUGUCUUAUACUGCCCCCAGGUGCCCACGAUGGGCACACCAGACAGAGCAGCAUUCAGUUGAUGCAGUGUGACAAAAAUAUAUUUUUACAUUCUAUUUAUGUAUUUACUUUAUGUUUUUACAAUAUAAAGGAGUGUUAUUUCUUCUCAAUACUCAUUACAACAUUUUUGUUUCUUUUUUGGGGGGAAGGCUCGAACAGAUUGAUGACAUUGACAGAUGACAAGAGGCGCGGUACACCGUGAACUGGUCACCAGCCAAUCAAAGGGCACAUAUCGACAAACGACCAUUCACACUCACAUUUACACCUACGGACAAUUUAGAGUCUUGAAUCAACCUACCGCGCAUGUUUCUGGAAUGUGUGAGGAAACCGGAGUACCUGAAGACAACCCACCAGGCACAGGGAGAACAUGCAAACUCCAAACAGGGAGGCCGGAUUUGAACCCCGGACCUCAGAACUGUGAGGCAGAAGUGCUAACCAGUGCCACCUAAUGGCAUUUCCAUUCAUUUCAAUGGGAAAAGAGAUAACAACAACAAAGUAAACUCGUAUCUCAAGGCACCACUUUGUCUUCUUAAAAGCUGAUUUUUUUUUUAGUUAAAACCCAAAUAAAAUGCACAUUGUGUAUACAUGUGCACACACACACACACACACACACACACAAACAUACGCACAGACUUGAUUGAAAGGUUGAGCUGCCUUUGUGCUGCAGUGUCCCAACAACGUGGAAUCAAUUGUCAAAUGCUGAAAGGAACAUUGAUUAUGGCUGGUUCCUGAUUUGAGAGCGAGAGGAUGACUGUCUGUAUUACCUGCAUGUGUGCUUGUGUGUGGAGAAAAGAACAUUAGCAUGUAUGACUCACUCUGAUUUCAUCUGACUAAAGAAAGAAGGUCUGAACAAGCAGGGGGUCUCCUUGUAUAGAAUAGAAAAUUAGGAUUGUGACCGCAUUGUAGUGCUUCACCAAAGUCUGUCACCAGGAAUGUGGUCCAUGUUAGCUUCAUGAAAAGUUAUUAAAUUGAAUUGUUCACGCCCAUGUCUUUGCGAAUUACAAACGUCAACCAGCUGGUUCUGAUUAGUAGAGGUUAGCACCCAUUUUUUUCCCAAACAACUGCACAAACUGAAAGGAACCAACAAUCAGAAGAGAGUGUGCCAGUCAGCAAGGAAAUAUGUACAAAUCUCAAAGAGAAAAAUAUUUUUGUACAGAAACCUGUUCAUGAAGAUCAUUGCAUUUAACAUAGGCUGUAAACAGUGUUUGUUUAAAAAUGGAAUGAAUUUGGACUUAUUUCAAUUAUGAGCAGUUUGUUUGACAUUCACCGCAGCUCUACUGUCUGGUCCCAUAAAAGGGUCCCUAAAGUUGAAGAGACCAAAAAGUGGAAGGAUGACUACAUUCCUUACCCACGGAUAGAAGAUGUCCUGGAGAAAGGUGGCCCGUAUCCCCAGGUAAUCUUGCCACAGUUUGGUGGCUAUUGGAUCGAGGAUGUAGAGGCACCAGCUGGGACACCCUCCUCUUCAGAGUCCAGUUUCUGUGAAGAGGAUGACGGAGGAGAGGGCAUGAGUCCUGGUGAAGGACACAGCUACCGUCUGGAGUGCAACAGCACAGCCCAGGCCUACCGCAAACACUUUCUGGGCAAGGAGCACAUGAACUACUAUUGCACUGGCAGCAGCAUAGGGAAUCUCAUCAUGUCCUUGAAGCAUGAAGAGGCUGAAGGGCAAGAAUUAUUGCGCAUCAUGCUCAGAUCAAGGACCAAAACAGUCCAUGAUAGGAUAUCGUUAGCGGGCAUUAACCAGCUUCCCAGUGUACCUCAGAUUGCAAAACUUCUGUGUGACGAUGCCACAGGAUUGAAGUUCAACCCGGCUCUUUACCCUCGAGGAUCGCAGUUGAUCGUAGCUUAUGAUGAGCAUGAGGUCAACAACACCUUCAAAUUUGGAGUAGUCUACCAAAGGUUUGGACAGACAUCUGAGGAAGAGUUGUUUGGGAACAAUGAAGAGACUCCAGCUUUCAAGGAGUUUCUCAGUGUCCUGGGGGACAACAUUGAACUUCAGGACUUUAAGGGAUUCCGUGGAGGGCUGGAUGUGUCCCAUGGACAGACAGGGGUUGAAUCUGUCUACACAGUUUUCAGACAAAGGGAAAUUAUGUUACAUGUAUCAACCAAGCUUCCUUUCACUGAUGGUGAUGUCCAGCAGCUUCAGAGGAAAAGGCACAUAGGAAAUGACAUUGUGGCAGCAGUUUUCCAAGAAGAGCCAACACCCUUUGUUCCUGACAUAAUUGCCUCCAACUUUCUGCACGCCUAUGUGCUGGUUCAGGUUGAAAAUGCAUGUACAGAGAACACAACUUACAAGGUGUCUGUCACUGCAAGGGAGGAUGUACCUCUCUUUGGGCCCCCACUCCCGAACCCAGCUGUCUUUAGAAAGGGCCCAGAGUUCCGAAACUUCCUGUUGACAAAGCUGAUCAAUGCGGAAACUGCCUGCUACAAAUCUGACAAGUUCGCCAAACUAGAGGGUCGAACACGAGCUGCGUUGCUCGACAACCUUCACGAUGAGCUUCACAGACAAAGCCAGGCCACUCUGGGUCUCAGCCAAGCUGAAGAGGAAGACAAGCUGGAGAAUGGGGGACAUGGCGGUCUUCUGGAGUCAUUCAAGAGGGCCAUGCGUGUGAGGAGUCACUCAAUGGAGACUGUGGUGGGCUCUAAUCGCCUUAGGAGCCCCGGUGGUGGAGGGGGGGUCCCAGCCAGUUUAAGUGGCGGAGCAAUGCCACAGAGCACCAGUGAAUGUACGAAGAGCACCUACAAUCCUCCAGCAUUGUCAGCAAAAUCUUCCCUAAAGAGCCCAGUGAAAAGGCGAUCAGGACUUUUCCCUCGUCUCCACUCCAGCGUCGAAACUCCGACCGACAAAUGCACUCGAAGUGACCAAAAGGCUACAGAGAUCUGCUCACUGUCCCAGGAACUGAGGUCAGAGACAUUAUCCAACCCCAGCUCACCUGAGAUCUGCCCUAACAAAGAAAGACCUUUCAUUAAACUGAAGGAUUGCGCAGGCAGCAGGCCGGACAUCUCUCGGUCUUCAUCGAGCACCAGCAGCUUCGGCAGCAUUACAGGAGAUCCAGAAGCUUUGGAAGACCUAGAAACAGCUAGCCAUCCAUCCAUAGCAUCAUCCUCUGCCUUUAGUCCUUCGAUCAGCGUUGAUAGCCCGGGGUCAGGAACUCCCAUCAUAAUGUGCCGCAGUUCCACAGAUUGGAAAAAUAAGACAUCACCGAGGUCCAACUUGAAGUUCAAAUUUGACAAAAUGAGCCACUCAUCCACAAAUUCGGAGUAAUCUGAUGACCAGACUUGAGAGGAACGGGCCUGUGCGGGCUGAAUGGAGCUGUGCAAAAUACAAGGACGCUUUCAAAACCAAAUUAUUGUAGAACCACUUCCCUAAGCCAUGGAUAAUCGGGCAAGACUAGCAAGGGCAGCAUAGUCCCCAAAAUAACUGGCAAUACUGUGAGUGUACAGUGCGGAACCACUUUUGAUGGGUUCUUUUUGACGAGACUUUUGGCAGACAGAAAGUAGUUCAUAUUUUACCGAUGUUCGGUGCAGUUAUGUGGUAAAUUGCUCAUAUCACAUUAACAAACCCUGGCCACGCUGAAAUACUGUGAGUGUUGGGCGAGCUAGACUGUGUCCAAAGUUUAUAGUCUGUGUUGGCUUAACACUGUACCCUUGUUGAAUAGUAACAUGAGCUAAAAACCUUUUGAAGGUUGUACUUUUUAGCUUGUCGGCUGCUGGCCAGUUAGGAGCUUCAGGCGUUCCCCAUGUCUUUAAAUGGUCUGGGAACAGAUCCUAUUAAAAUAAAACCAUACGUUUAGUAGUGAGGUAUUGGAGGUCUAAUGUGUAUUUGUGUAGGAUUUGAGUUGUGUAUAUGAAAUUGUUCUUUUUUAAUUACAGAAAUUUUUGUUACCUUGCUAGCUGCCGCACGGUGAAUGCUGCUGGAGUUCAGUCAACCCGCGUAAUAGCAUUUCUGCAUUUGUCAGGACGUCAAAUUUCUGAAUUCAUGUGCUUGGCUCGCCUCAAAAUGAUGUGCAGUACAUGAUACUGCAUAAACAUUUCAGCAAGAUUUUAUUUUCCAGUCAUAGCUGCGUGUUACUUUCAUUGUGUGCCAUGAUGAAAAUCUAACAACCACAUUUUUUAAAAAACAGAUUUUGCACGUCAGUAUAUUUAAACAAAAGAUAUUUCAUCCUCCGAUACAUCCCAUUGAUGCUUCCAUAUGUUUUCUGCACCACUUAUGUAUGAUAUAAAUUAUAUUUUCCUGUCAUGACUUGAAAAAGGCUGAAUGAACCUUUAAACCAGUUUUGGCAAAAACACACUGAAUGUGAAGUUGAAGUUUUUCUUUGUUUGUUGUUGUUUUUCUUAUGAAGUCCAUUACAUGUGCAAUGCAAAGGUAGUCGCUUACAUGCACAACAAGGCAAGACUAGUUUAAAGUACUGCAUGAUGGGACAUCAAUUUGACAAAAGGAAGCGAGGAAAAAGACUGAAGAAUAUCCAUAUCUCCUGUGACCAAAGUAAAUCCGUCCUUUGGAAGGUUUUUCUUGUUCUAACUUUUUGGAGGAAUGUUCUUUUGACAGAAUGAAUUUUCAGGCAUCAUUUUUAUUUAUGUAUGACUGAGAGGGAAGUUGAUGUCCUGAGCGAUUAUAUAGAGGAAAGAAAACAAGGAAAAAUAAAUACAUAUUUAUAAAUAUUAUUGUCGUUUAAUUUGCAGCAGCCGAAAUGCCAUGCAGCCUUUUCACUGUUAAUAUACUUAAUUUAUUAAAUGAUAAUUUUUUUAGCAUUGUAAAAAAAAAGAAAGGUACACAAGCAAAUAAAAUAACGAGAAUAAAUAUAUGAAUUUUAAAGCUGUCUAAAUAUGUAAAUGUAUAUUUCGUUACGUAAUGUGAAAUUUAUUCAAAUAAAAUGUAUUUUGUGUCA